UUUCCUAUUCUCCAACACCUGUUUCUGGCUGUCAGAGCUUCUCACAUUGUGCCGCUGCCUCCGCGGCGGAACAACAACUCUGUGACAAAGGCCCCUCGACACAGCCUCAGGAUUCUCACAUGUCGACUCAGGAAAGACAUGGAGGAAAGCUAUGAGACAUUUGAAGAGGAGCUGGGGCUAACAAGAGAAGAUCCUCCUCCGCAGAAGCCUGUCCGACAGAUUCGCCGACCAGAAAUGUAUGCGAGUGGCAAAGUAAGAGAGGAAACGUCUGCAGUUCUUCAGCCUCCAAAAGUAGAACCAACUAUAACUAUGGAAUCAACUCCUCCCAAAAAAUUUCCGGUCCAAAAAACCUUGUCCAUGCAGAAUCUGAGUCAGAUUGAAACACCGUGGGAGAAUGUCACACUCAACCGUUGUCUGUUUGUGGCCAUUUCUAUCCUGGUCCUCACUUCGGGGUUCCAGAGACUUCACGAGACUCUGCGCAGUCGAGGGAUAGCGGAGGAGGAGGAAGAAGCCGAUUUGACCGUGAGACAGCCGACCACGUUACGACACAGAGGAAAACCGCCGCAGCUUGAGACAACUCUGUGGGAGGUUUUGUUUUGGUGGUUGCCGGACCUCGAUGACGACGGUGACGAAAAACGGACGAGGAGAGAAGCCCAAAGCUCAAGAGGUCUUCGAAACAAACCAAUUCCAGACAAAAAACUCAUGAAGAAGAGCGAAGGGACAUUAAAGACCAGAAGGGCCAGGAAAGUCCGAGAGCAAGAAGCUAAAAACAAGAAAAGGAAGGAGGACAUGCCGAAGACAUCGGAUGAAGAUGAGCAAAAGGUGGGAAAGGAGGAUGCGGUAUCCAACACCGAUUGAAGAGAAGAAAAUAAAAAUGUCCAAAAGGAUGAUUUCUCUCCGUUGGGACAUAAUUCCUUAUCGCUGUCGUAGUCCUAAAUCCAACUUGCUUGUUAGUUUUAGUAAAGCUGUCAAUAGUUAGAGAAGACGUAAAUAAAAAAAACACCAAUGUGUUCCUUUCCUUCAA